AUGCCCUCGGAAUCAAUGCAAGUACAAACCCUCACCCCGAGUCAACAUCAACAUACCCCAUACACCACUAAUUCUACUCAGCACCAUCAACUCGCACCACAUCCUUCCCACACUAAUGCUUUUGAACCUCAUCCACCACAUCCUCCCCACACUAAUACUUUUGAGCCUCAUCCUCAUCAUCCUUUCACACAACAUCCCGUUCCUAUUCCAUUUGUACCUCAACACCCCCCUAGUAAUCCACUUCAAUCAUAUUCCGCCUAUCUCGUUAUGCCACCACCUUGGCACAACGGAACCUAUCAUACGGGUUACGCUACCCCAAUGAAUCCUCAUCAUCCAUUCACUUACCCUUUCCAACAACAGUAUCAUCAAUCUCUUUCGUAUAUUCCUCCUUCUGAACCAACAGGAAUGCCCUCCCCUUGGCCACACUCGACUUAUAACCCAAACCCAUCCAGCUCGUUGUACGGAAACCCGGUUGAUACAAAUUUACAACAUCAACCUCAUUACCAACACACCCUGUCCCAGCAUCAUUCAAACUCAGAUUCCGCAAAUAGAAACUUUGACUAUCGAAGAUCCCAGUCCAUCUGUUCUUUCUGUUCCAACUCAGUCGGCCGAAGCAACUCCAUCUCCUAG